GAAAACCUUUAACACACCUUAACAAUCUCUCUCUCUCUCUCUCUAGAGGAAAGGAUAGACUUAUUCAAAAACAUGUUUUUACGUCUCCUUUUCCUCUUUUAAUGGAUCUUCAACCUGCCGCUCAAAAGCUCCGACUGAUCCCUCUCCCCAAGAGGGAACUCGCCUGUACCCUCUCCUUCCUCUUCCUGUUGAUCUCAUCCGUGUUCCUCUUCAAUCUCUUGAGCCCCUUACCGCCCGACUCGUUCCUGCGUUCCGGUUUCUUGUCGCGCAUCCUGCCGGCCUCGCUGAAACCCACCUCCGUGGGAACAUGCGAUUACUCGAGAGGAAGGUGGGUGAGAGACGAGAAUCACCCGCUUCAAUUCUACAAUGAGAGCUGCCCAUUUCUCGACCCGGGGUUCCGGUGCCGCCAUAGUGGACGGAAAGACGUAGGCUAUCUGAAUUGGAGAUGGCAACCUCAUGGUUGCGACCUUCCAAGAUUCAAUGCAAGCAAGCUCUUAGAAUGGACGCGAGAUGGAAGAAUCGUGUUUGCCGGAGACUCCAUCGGAAGAAACCAGUGGGAGUCACUGGUAUGCAUGCUUUCACAAGCAGUAUCCAAUUCUUCCGUAUACGAAGCGAAUGGGAACCCCAUAACCAAGCACAAGGGUUACCUCUCGAUUCGAUUCCAAGAGUACAACCUCACCGUUGAGUAUUACCGAGCUCCAUUCCUGGUAAUGGUCGGGCACCCACCGCCGACUUCGCCUAGCUUGGUGAAGACCACAGUCAGGGUUGACGAGUUGCAUUGGUACUCGAAGAACUGGGAGGGCGCCAAUGUCCUCAUCUUCAAUUCUGGGCAUUGGUGGAACGAGGACAAGACUGUCAAAAUGAACAGCUACUUUCAGGAGAAGGGAAGCGUGAACCUGACAAUGGAUGUCAUGGAAGCCUUUAGGGAAUCACUGCAGACAUGGAAAACGUGGGCAUUGAACAACGUGGAUCUCCAAAGAAGUCACAUUUUCUUCCGCGGCUAUUCUCCUGUUCACUACAGGAAUGGGACAUGGAGUGAAGGUGGAACGUGCAACAACAACAAAGAGCCGGAAACCAACUAUACAAAACUGGAAGCCGAACCACUGAAUAAUUUGUACAUUUCAAACACGGUUGGCGAGAUGACAGACAGAUAUAGGAAGGUUCAGUAUCUAGACAUUACAUAUCUGUCAGAGUUCAGGAUAGACGCCCAUCCGUCGGAACAUCGUGAGCCGGGCACCCCUGCUGAUGCUCCUCAAGAUUGCAGCCAUUGGUGUUUACCAGGGGUGCCGGACACUUGGAAUGAACUUCUCUAUGCUUACCUCUUGUCGGUAAGAGUCAAAGAAAGGUAGUUUACCAAAGAAUUGAAGAAUUGCCCGAGUUGAUCAUUUUCGCAGAAGCUAUCAUGAUUUCAACAACUGUACAAGAAGACAAGAUUCAAUUCAAGCCAUUUCUUCCA